AUGUACGGCUCGAACCAGCCCGGUCAACCUGAAUGGCGACUCCCUCCACGCCCUCCAAGGCAGCCCGUAUCGCAACUUCCUCCGCCUCCUCCAAAUCCACCCCCGGCUUCAAGUGCUACCUACACCCCGGCUACCUAUGGUCCGAUAUCGACCCCGUCAGCCAGCCCCGGUGUCUCACCGGUGACGGGAGCGGGGGUGGACACCAGGACAUGGGGUGUGCGAUAUAAUCAACAUCAGUCGCAGACCCCACCACCUGUACCCCCUCGGCCUGCCGGUGCCAACGAACCCCCGUUUGCCCAUGCGCAGUCGCAGUCGCAGUCGCAAUCGCCGGUCGCCAACUUCCCGUCGGCACCGUUCCAUGGGUUUCAGUCGGCGUCAGAGCUUGAUCCGCCCUAUAUCUCAACAGCCCCUCCUCCCCCUUAUACACGGCACCCCGCAGAGUCGGUUCCACCGCCGCCUCCAAAAAUCCCUGAGCAUCCCCAAAAUGACGCCCAGCCAGGCAGCCAAGCAGCCCGACCCCCGCUGCUCUCGCAAGGCUCAGCGCCGGCUGCAUUGGCAGCUUUGUACGGGUUCCCCCCUUCUGCUGCAGGUCGUAUCGGCGGGGCUCCCACUAGUUCGUCGGCAUUAGGUCCGGGCACUCCAUCUGAUUGGGAGCACUUGGGGCCGACCCCCGGAGACAUCGACGAUGAGAAUGUGUUUUCACCACAUCGCUCCCCGUCUCCAAUCCCGGAGGCGGCCCAAACACCCCCGGGUUAUUCGACUGGCGUGCCAAAUACAUCCCUCAGCGCCGAAUCGUCUGCGCCUCCUACUCGGGACCGAACAAAUACUGCUCACAGUAUCGUUUCGAGAGCUGAUACCUGGGAACGAGGCGACCCAACCUCCCCUGUCAGCCCUGCUACGACACAGGGGAGGCAAUCGCCAGCUCCACCGAUUCGGGUGAAUACUACUGAUUCGGACCAUUCGAUGGACUCUCAUUCAGAGAGUAUCGACAAUGUCAUUGACGCCUGGGUUCGGCCCUUGUCACCCCCAAAUAAGCGGGCCAAUUCCAAUCCAGAGGCCUCGGCGUCUCUUACAGAAAGCCUCUCUCCAGUCAAUCAAAAUAGCCCAAAGGAGAGCUCGGAGUCCGCGCAGACCAAUGUUAUCACGGCAGGCCAUGCCCGAGUGGAAUCAAAUGCAAUUGCUUCCCCUACAGAUAGGCAAGGGAGUGUCACUUUGCCCAAGAACGAAGACCCUUACGCGGAUUUGGAACCGUGGUUCAAAUCCUCGCUCACGCGCUACGUCGCUAUGCUGCGCAAGGAAGCAGUAGCUGACUCCGACGAAGAGCGAUACAAGAUUUUCACGGCUUUCACAGCCAAAGAAACAAAGCUUCGUGAAAUUCUGUAUAAUAUCGAGCACGAACCCCAAGAGACCCGUACAAUUGCACAGGCCCCUCUGCCCUCCCCUCAGCAUUCGUCUCCCAAGCCUGCUGAGCCCAAGUCACCGGCUGAAUCGGGAUUGAUACCGGUGGAAUCAGAGAUCGCUUCCUCGACCGAAGAUCUCGAUGAUACCGACGACCUAGGCAGUGAAUACAGCUCGGGAGGACGACCUGUCCAAGCCAAGCGGGCCCGGAGGGCCUCAUCAUCUCUGCCAAAGCUGUUUCCGCUGUCUUCAGAAGCAGGUCCCGCACCUCGUCCUCCGAGAACUUCCUCGCUGCGCUUGUCGAUGGAUCCAAUACACAAGCAAACCCGGGAACCUCUCGCUACGAACCCUCCUCGGCCCAUCUACACGCCGUUUCAGUACACCGAGGGCCCUCAACGAGGCUCGGACGAUCUCACAUUUGAUCGUCCCGCCUACCAGGCCUAUUCUGAUCUUCGACAAGCCUCUGCCGUAAGCGGAAGAGUCAUGGCAAAUGCACCUACCUCCGCCCCUCGAUCGAGGUCCAACACUGCGACGAGUCUGGCUCCGUCGGAGCGUGACGAGACCUUCAUGGGUGUGAUUCGUCGUAGGAGUCUUGCCUAUGUGAAUACGGACCGCCGAAACAACCCGCUGCCCGCAUUGCCCCCAUUGCCCGAAUCCCUCCGGCAAAAUCGACCCAACAAUCCAGUUGAAGGCCUGCGCACCCUUGUGUGGACGCCGAUGGAUCAAAAACCCGAAGGUUCUUGGCAUAUCACGACACGAGAAGGUUUCGAAAAAUUCCAUGAUGAUUUCUCCUACAUCCAAACGACGAUCGACAAUUGGGAGGCAGCUGCGCAUCCCCGUCGACAGAAGCUGGAAGAGGAUCGCACUGUGCGCCAGGAAGAGUCUGAAGCGCAAAUCGACAAUCUCUUCAAUGAAAAGGAGAUCGGAUAUGCGGACAUCAACACCCUGGAGGAAGAAUUUCGCCAAACCGAAGCUCGUGCGCAGCUGGGUGAAGAACGGCAGGAGGUGGAAGACUUCAUUACGCAGGUCUUCAACCCCUUGGACGAACGUCUGAAAACCGAGAUCUCUGCGCUACGGAAGUCGUACGACGCGGCUCUCGGGCAGUUAGACCGGGAACAGAAAGGCAAGAAGAGCUCGCUGACCGAGCAAUGUAGCCCAUCCCGGACGAUGAAGAUGGUCAACGAGAUCCACAGCAAGCUGGAGAUUCGGUUCCAGAAACGAUUGGAAAUUGCACUGGAUUGUGAACGGCGGCGGAAAAAGGCCGAGAGGCGACCGCUGGUGUUUAUGGGGGAUAUGGCCAGUCUCCGCAAGUUGGACGGGGAUUUUGACCAGAUGGAGAAGCGGAAUAUCUUGGAGGCGGCCAAGGACCGCGACGAUCGAGCCAACCGGCUGAUGGAUUCGUUCGAUGAUGCAAUCUUGCACGGGCUAGGUAUGAAUCAAAGCCUCCUGGACGAGCUUGGCUCGAAAGUAGCGCGGCUAGACCCCACGGCCCUCCACACUUGCGGCCUCCCGGAUUCUGAAAUUGAACAGAUCCUCAAGUCCGCGGCGACAUUUGCCGCGUCGCUUCGCGCCGACUCCGAGGCCAUACUUCGAAGUUCUGGGGUCGCCGACAUGGCCCUCAACGAUGCCGACUACAGCGUUUCUGCCGCCGAGGCCCAAUAUGCCGAUUCGGAAUCCGAUGUGCUCCCGCGGUUGGAGGCUGAAAAGACCAAAGAAGACUCCAAGAUCCAGACUGAGUUGGCCUCGAAGCUCGACAGCAUUCAAAAGGGGCCCAUGGAGGUCGAAGAGACGAUCCAACGUCUUUUGAAAUCUCUCAAAGAGGCGCCUCCGGCCGCGGCACGACCACCCCCGACAGAGACCCCAGCACCAGCACCAGCACUAGCACCAGCACGAGCGCCAGCGAGUUUGCCAGCGAGUGUCUCGCCGGGCCCUCGCCCUCAAACCACUCCGGCUCCUGCUCCGGUGGAAAACAAGUCGAGCGAGGAAGACGAACAUCAGGAGAGGCUGCGAAAGGCCUUGGAGGAUGCGAAAAAGCGCAACGCGGCCCGGAAUAAGUCAUAG